CUGUACGUGGGCGCCCACGCGCAGGGGCAGCCCGAACUCGCGCUGCUGGCCGUCAACACGCUGCGCACCGACUGCGCGCACCCCAGCCCCCUGCUGCGCGGCCUGGCGCUGCGCGGACUCUGCGGACUCAGGGUGCCCGGCAUACAGGAGUACAUCCGGCAGCCCCUUCUGAACGGCCUGCGGGACAAAGCAUCCUACGUGCGCAGGGUAGCGGUUCUCGGCUGUGCGAAGAUGCAGAGCCUCCAAGGGGACUCUGAAGUGGAUGGUGCGCUGGUGAACGAACUGUACAGUUUGCUUCGUGACCCAGAUCCCAUAGUAGUGGUGAACUGCCUGCGGGCUCUGGAGGAGAUUCUGAGGCAGGAGGGAGGAGUCGUCAUCAACAAGCCCAUUGCCCAUCACCUCCUCAACAGAAUGGCUGACCUAGACCAGUGGGGACAGAGCGAGGUGCUGGCCUUUCUUCUGCGCUACAGGCCCCGGAGCGAUGAGGAGCUCUUCAACAUCCUCAACUUGCUGGAUGGGUAUCUCAAGAGCAGCAGUCCCAGCGUUGUGAUGGCAGCCACCAAGCUCUUCCUGGUGCUGGCCAGCGAGUACCCACACGUGCAGACGGACGUGUUGGUGAGGGUGAAGGGGCCGCUAUUGGCUGCCUGCACCUCCGAGAGCCGGGAGCUGUGCUUCACUGCCCUGUGCCACGUGCGGCAGAUUCUCGGAAGCCUCCCUGGCCACUUCAGCAGCCAUUACAAGAAGUUCUUCUGUUCCUACUCAGAGCCCCACUAUAUCAAGUGCCAGAAGAUGGAGGUGUUGUGUGAACUGGUUAAUGAUGAGAACAUGCAGCAGGUGCUGGAGGAGCUGAAGGGCUACUGCACUGAUGUGUCUGUUGAACUUGCCCAAGGGGCCAUCUUUGCCAUAGGCAGCAUUGCCAGGACGUACACGGGACAGUGCGUGGGGAUUCUGACAGAGCUGCUGGGCCUCAAGCAGGAGCACAUCACUUCAGCUGUGGUGCAGGCUUUCCGGGACCUGGUGUGGCUGUGUCCCCAGUGCACAGAGGCUGUAUGCCAAGCUCUGCCCGGUUGUGAGGAGAUCAUUCAGGACAGCGAGGGCAAGCAGGCACUGGUCUGGCUGCUGGGGGUGCACGGGGAGAAGGUCCCCAACGCUCCCUACGUGCUGGAGGACUUUGUGGAGAAUGUGAAAUCAGAGACGUUUCCAGCGGUGAAGAUGGAGCUGCUGACGUCGCUGGUGCGGCUCUUCCUGUCCCGACCUGCUGAGUGCCAGGACAUGCUGGGGAGGCUGCUGUACUACUGUAUAGAGGAGGAGACAGACAUGGCCGUGCGGGACCGUGGCCUGUUCUACUAUCGUCUCUUACAAGCUGGGGUGGAAGAGGUGAAACGGGUGUUGUGCAGCCCCAAGUCUGAUCCCUCCCUGGGGCUGCUGGAGGAUCAGGCUGAGCGGUCUGUGAACACAUGGGCCUCGGACUUCAACACGCUGGCACCCAUCUACGGCAAGGCACGCUGGGCAGUCAUCACAGCUGAUUGGGCAGCAGAGCCUCGCUGUGCCAGGUCUCCCUCUGCCAUCCCCUCGGCCUCUAGAGCAGUGACGGCGAGUUCGUCAGAGCCACUGAUUUUGGAGGGCAAUAAAGAAGUGUUCGAAGUCCAUCCCGACUCCAGCAGCCUCACCUUAAUCCCCUACGCGCAUCUGUCUGCCGAGCAGUUUGAGAAGACCUGGCUGAGUCUGGAUGUGAGCUGCAAGCAGGCCCUGUCCUGGCAUGGAGCUGCUCACCCUGACACCCUACAGACCGCGCUGCAGGUUGUCCACAUCCAGACAAUUGCUAUGAGCAAAGCUGGUGCCCAGCCAUGGAAAGCCUAUCUCAGCGCCCAGGAUGAUGCUGGCUGUCUUUUUCUUGCGGAGCUGUUGCAUGAGACGGAGAAUUCGGAGAUGCAAGUUCUGGUGAAGCAGAGUGAGGCGAGGGCAGAGGCACUACAGAGCUUUCUGGUGGUGCUGAGAACUGUGAUGGGGACAGUGCUAGGGCUGAGGUCCUGACUGCCGUCAGCUCGCCCAGCAGGCCUGCUUGGGGCCCACAGAUGCUUCUGCUAAGCUGCCUGCCAGAGCCCUGGACCCCCCUGGUGCAGCUACCAGUGGAAGUGGAAUGUGCCCAGGCGCCAGCACACGAUGGGAGCGCGCUUCGUCUUUUCAGGGGCUGCUUUGUCAUAACGGAUGAAUAGGUCGCAUGAAACCUCCAGCAGGGUUGCCAGCUGCCCUGAGCCUGGGGCGCAUGGAUGGUCAGCCUGGGACUUUGUGUGGAGUGCACAGGGGA